AUGGCAAACCUUCUAAACAGCCUGAGUUCUGCUGCACAUAAUGUAAAGGCCAAGUUGAGCUCAAAACGCGACGAAGAGGUGCUCCAAGCGCAGCGUCGGUUGAUGGACCAUGGCGAUGAGGCCUUUGUCGACGUUUCUAUACGCUUCAUUGGGGCUUCCGGCAUGUAUAAUCCCUCACAAUGCCUCCCAAAGAUGGACAUUGUUGGGAGCUGUGACCCCUUCUUUGUCGCGAAUAUCGAUGACAAGAUCAAGUUUAUAUCAUCCGUGAAAUCUGACACGCUUAAUCCUGUCUGGAAUGAGCGUUGGUGUGUCAAGAAUGUGCCCAAGCAUGCGCUUCUGGAGAUAUCGUUCUUUGACAAGGACGAGGGCACGCCAACGAACGACUAUAUCGGCAAGCUCAAGACAAGUGUCGAACCGGGCACCCGAGAGCUAGAGAUCAUUCAAUCAAAGCCGUCCGAAGACCCUGAGGCCAAGGAGUUUAGCUAUGAUUUUGCUGGACCAAUCCGCUACAGCAGACAUACCUCUCCUACAGCUGGACGGCUCACGAAUCUCAACGAAGCACGUCUGUAUGCUACAUGGAAAAUGUACCUCAAGGACAUCCAUCGUGUCUUUGGAGACACCCAACAACACUGGAACACUAAAUACAAGGCCGCACAAACAAUCUUCCAAGGACCCUCAUCUCUCCCCGUUCGACAGGGCAUUCGUGCUGCGCAUGACAUCCUCUACUCCCGUGCAGCAGCGAAUGGGUUCGGUGUGAUUGAAAGCCCGGGCGAUAUCCUCUCCAUCUUACACAGUGGAGGCGCCUCGCGCCCAAAUCAGCACCAGACCGAGCAACAGGUUGCCCUCUCACAUCGCAUCAAGCCCGCGAUUUAUACCUAUGUUCUCGCUAUGGACGACAACUCGCUGCGGUUUUCGGAAACCGGAGCCGCGUUCUUCGUUGAUUUCGCGAGCAAGCAUGCACUGCACUCAAAGUGCGCGAGGCAAGUAUGGUACUCGGGCGAGUUCCAUCCUCGACCUGAAGGAGGAUGGGACAAAUUUAGCGACGACAAGGGCGACCUCGAUGUCAACUGGGAACUCGUCAUCGAUAACAAUUCGGGAACAUAUGCUCCCGAUAAGGAGCUCUUGCCCAAACUCAAGGAGUUGCUAGAACGAAACUUCCCCGGAUUCAAUAUCCUCGCGUUAGAUAGGGAAGACGAGGAACUCAAACGUAGUGUCAAGGCGUGUCGCGAAUAUGCACUGGGUAAACGUGGGGUUACAGAGGACGAACUGGAACCUACGCUCAGUCCGGGCGAGGCCCCUCUUGCUGGUCGUGUGUGGGAGUUCUGGAAACCUAGGAAGAGCGGAGAGAAGGAGGACGGUGCCACGGAUGACGGAACAGAAGCAACUUCCGGAGAUCAUGAACCAGUUGGUGAUGGACAAGGCGAUCUCAGCAUGGAAGAGAGCAAGAAAUAG